UAUCGUGCAGCGCUCAAUGAGCUAGAACGCCUCAUGGUCAUGAGGCUUUUCGAGCUCUCAAAGCUCUCAUUGUCCGGCACAGGUUAUAAACUGCGCCAGCAAAUCGGAAAAGCGCUGCAGCGCCGUUCAGAGGCAAUCCGUAAUGCAAUCAACCGUUAUAAUACGCAGGCUGCUGCGCUUAACCCACCACGUCUGAAAUUGUCUUGGAAAGACAUAGAGGAGUAUAGCUUUUUGGGGGAAUUUGACUUACUGCGCUAUUCGCGCACAGACAUUCGAGAAGCGGACUGGACGAAACCUGCUUACCGCGAAGCCACCACAAAGCAUUUCAAGUUGCUGCAUGCACGAGAAGAGGUGUCCCAUCUCAACAUAGAAAUCCAUCGCUUAUGCACCUUUAUUCAUGACGAGGAAACUGAUACAUCAAAAGUCAUUGAAGACCUCCAAUCAUCCAACCCACUCCUUGCAUCUGAGCUGCGACGACAAUGGCGAAGCCGCUCAGCAAUCAACAUGCUUCACAUCUUCCAGCUCAAUCAGAUCGAGGCCAUUCCAGGAUUCUCGGGUGUGCGUGGCAUCGGU